AUGCAUCAUCUCCUUCUCCUCUUCAUCUUCCUCUUCGCGCUAUUCUCCGCCAUGACAACUCCCUCCUCCUCCGCCAUCGACACCUUUAUCUUCGGCGGCUGCUCCCAGCCCAAGUACACGCCGGGUUCGCCCUACGAGAACACCGUCAACUCGCUCCUCACCUCGCUGGUCAACUCGGCCUCCUUCACCAACUAUAACAACUUCACAGUCGCUGCCGCCUCUUCCAACACCGUCUACGGCCUCUUCCAGUGCCGAGGCGACCUCAGCAACGACCAGUGCUCGCGUUGCGUGGCGCGUGCGGUCACUCAGCUCGGCACGCUCUGCUUCGCCUCCUGCGGCGCCGCGUUGCAGCUCGAAGGCUGUUUCGUGAAGUAUGACAAUGCGACGUUCGUCGGGGUGGAGGACAAGACGGUGGUCACCAAGAAAUGUGGACCGUCCGUUGGGUUGACCUCGGACGCGUUGACUCGGAGGGACGCCGUGCUGGCGUAUUUGCAGACGUCCGAUGGGGCUUACAAGACCUUCAGGACCAGCGGGUAUGGGGAUUUUCAAGGUGUGGCGCAGUGCACUGGAGACUUGAGUCCCACCGAGUGCCAGGAUUGUCUCUCUGAUGCCAUCCAACGGCUCAAAACCGACUGUGGGCCCUCCACCUGGGCCGAGAUGUACCUCGCCAAGUGCUACGCGCGCUAUUCCGAGAGUGGCUCUCACUCGCGCCCUAAUAAUAACGGUAAGCGUACACAACUGCUCCACCGUGCGCGGUGGUCUGAUGAUAGCAACCACAAUGAUGAUGAGAUUGAGAAGACACUGGCUAUACUAAUUGGACUCAUUGCCGGGGUUGCUCUAAUCAUUGUUUUCCUUUCCUUCUUAUCCAAAGUGUGUGAAAAACACAAAGGUGGUAAAUGA